CUUAGGUACAAUUUUAAAAAUAAAUAAAUAGAUUUCAAAGAACGUAGUUUAAUGUAUGAUUUAGUUUUAAUAAUGUAAAUAUAAGUUUUUUAAAAAAAGUGUUAUCUUUCCUUAAAUAAAAAACCGAUAUCUUCUUUUCGAAAAAAUGUUGAGAACAACACGAAUUUUUUGCUUCAAACAUCAAGGGGCUUUUAAUUUUCAAACUGGAAAUCAAUGUUUGAAUUGUACAAAAAUUACGAAAGAGAAAUUUUCCGAAAUAUUAUCAAAUGGACCACAAUUGGAGAAUUUUUUAUCAGACGAAUCAACAAUAAAAUAUGAUGGUAAAUUAAAAUUGGAAAAAGGUGAUAAUACAAGAUUAAGAUUACCACCAUGGUUAAAGAGAGAAAUACCAAUUGGUGAAAAUUAUAGUCGAAUAAAAUCACAAUUACGUGAUUUAAAAUUAAGUACAGUUUGUGAGGAGGCAAGAUGUCCAAAUAUUGGUGAAUGUUGGGGUGGAGGAGAUCAUGGAACAGCAACUGCAACAAUUAUGUUAAUGGGCGACACUUGCACUCGAGGUUGUCGAUUUUGUUCAAUAAAAACAGCAAAAAUUCCCCCACCAUUAGAUCCAAAUGAACCAAAAAAUACAGCAACAGCAAUAACCGAUUGGGGUCUCGAUUACGUUGUUCUUACUUCCGUUGAUCGAGAUGAUUUGGAAGACGGAGGAGCGCAACACAUUGCAAAUACUGUUAGAGAAAUUAAGAAAAGAAGCAACAUUUUGGUUGAAUGUUUAGUUCCUGAUUUCCGAGGGAAUCAAGAUUGUGUCGCGACAGUUGUUGAUUCAAAAUUGGAUGUUUUUGCUCACAAUAUUGAAACUGUCGAGAGACUCACGCCUUUUGUUCGCGAUAGACGAGCCAGAUACAGACAAUCGCUCGCUGUUCUUGAGGGAGCAAAAAAAUUAAAUCCCGAUCUAAUAACAAAAUCGUCAAUAAUGUUGGGUCUAUCGGAGACGGAUCAAGAGGUGGAACAAACAAUGAGAGAUUUACGUGCCGCAGGUGUCGAUGCAUUGACACUUGGUCAAUAUAUGCAACCAACAAAACGUCAUUUAAAAGUCAUUGAAUACGUGACACCGGAGAAAUUUAAAGCCUGGGAAAAGGUUGGCAAUCAACUGGGAUUUCUCUACACAGCCAGUGGACCAUUGGUUCGUUCCUCAUACAAAGCUGGCGAAUUUUUCCUAACAAACAUUCUCAAGGAACGACGACAACAACAAAAACAAAGUAGCGAAAAAACAACUCACUCUUAAGAAAAAAAAAAAGUGAGGAAAAAAUAAUUAAACCAAAUCUACUGUAAAUAGAGGAAAAAAAUUAUUGUUUUUGUUUCGAAAAAUGAAAUAAAAUUAAUUACAAAAUUAAAAAA